AUGGGUCCCGUGAAGCACGAGGAUGGCACGCGGCUUGGUGAGGAGGAUGGCGUGGAGCUAUGGUGGCAUGCAGUGGUAGCAAUGAAACGAAAGAGGCGAGGGAGAUGUGUCGUGUGGGUAGAUGUCGACCCCGCGAGCGAUGUGGCAGUCAGCUGGGAUGGCGACCUGGUUCGGGAGUCAGCGGCGCAGCAGGUGCCGUUGACGCGGGCGCGCCAUAAGGGUGGAAACCCUUCAGAUGGGGAGUUUGGAAAUUGUUCAUUACCAUGCACCCUGGUAACAUGGGCAAGAGUUUACCAUUUUUGGCCUGGAAACAAUGUAUUCUUUUUCAAGGGGAGACUGAUUUGUGGUCCGGAUCCAAAAGGGCUGAUUUUGACUGCCAUUGCUAUUAGUCUAUCAAGUUGGACAUUUGCGGUUCAUGUUGCAAGUGAUAUAAUGAAUCCAGCCAUCAUCGUAACAUCUUCAAUUUUGACAACAAUUGUUAGAUUGCCCUCAAUGCAGGUUCUUGUGAACUUGGUAUUUGUCAGUACCAUUGAUCCAGGUAUAAUUCCUAGAAAUGAUCAGUAUUCAUCAGUUGAAUUAGGAACAAUUGAUGCUAGUAAACGCAGAUGGAGAUCAAGGGUAGUUGUCAUAAAUGGGAUGGAGGUGAAGUUGAAGUAUUGUAACAUUUGUAACAUUUAUCGUCCACCAAGAACUUGUCAUUGUGCAACUUGUAACAAUUGCAUCCAACAAUUCGAUCACCAUUGCACCUGGAUCGGGCAUUGUGUGGGACUAAGGAAUUAUCGGCUUCAUGUAACAUUUCUAUUGACAGGAUUGCUCUUGUUUGCCUUCAUAUUUAUCUUCUCAUGCAAAUCACUGCAUCACAAAUUGCCCAGAGAUGGAAAUGGGGUAAUUGGAUUGCUAAGAAAUGAUCCAGAGACAGUGGCAUUGACAUUAUUCAGUUUUGUAGCCAUGUGUUUUCUUGCUGGCUUUUCUUGUUAUCAUGUUUAUCUAAUUGCUAUAAACCAGACAUCUUAUGAGCAUUUUCACCAAAAGUAUGUGAACUCUGGAAACCCCUAUGACAAGGGAAUCCUAGGCAACAUUAAAGAGGUUCCACUUGCUUCACAACCACCCUCUAGUGUCAACUUUCGAGCAAAUGUGGAGCCUGGAUGGUUUGGUGGAUUAAGUGAUAUUAGCAUCAAAUGA